CUGCGGCGCGGUCACUUCCCACGACCCUUUUGCAGGGGAGCAGCGCGGGACAGAGACCCUGGGAGUCCACAGGUUCGGUGCGCCCCGGGACUGUGCGAAAAGCGCAAUUCCUGUCUGCAAGAGACGAUGACACUCGCGUAGAAGACUGUCCCAGGCUCCAGAGCCUCGCCAGUCUCAUCCGCAGCUACCCAGCGCAUUCCAGAUCCCGGCCCGGUGGAGCGAGAGGGUCCUGGGCGGCGUCUUUAAGGCGGCGGUGUCCGCCCUCCUCCCCUUCCCCCUCCCUCCUCCCUCCUCCCUCCUCCCACCUCCCUCCGCUCCUCCUGCUCUCCCGGAGAGGCGGCGGGCGUGCGGUGAGCAGGUGCGGCCGAGCCCUCGCAUGCUGCUGCCCCGGCGGCGGUGGUAGCGCGCCAGGCGCUCGCCCGCCCCUCCUCCGGGCCACACUCCGGCUCCGGUGCGCGGGGACAUGUCGGUGGUGACCGGAGGCGGCGAGGCGGCCGGCGGCGGGGCCGGAGGCGGUGGCACGCGGGUCUUCUUCCAGAGUCCUCGCGGUGGUACCGGCGGCAGCCCGGGCUCCUCCCGGGAGGACUCGGCGCCCGUGACCACUGUGGCCGCUGCGGGGCAGGUGCAGCAGCAGCAACAGCAGCAACAGCAGCAGCAGCAGCAGCAGCAGCAGCAGCAGCAGCAGCAGCAGCAGCAGCAGCAGCAGCAGCAGCAGCAGCAGCAGCAGCAGCAGCGGCGACAUCAGCAGGGAAAAGUGACGGUGAAAUACGACCGAAAGGAGCUUCGGAAGCGGCUGGUGCUGGAGGAGUGGAUCGUGGAGCAGCUGGGUCAGCUGUACGGCUGCGAGGAAGAAGAAAUGCCAGAUGUAGAGAUUGAUAUUGAUGAUCUUCUUGAUGCUGACAGCGAGGAAGAAAGAGCUUCAAAAUUACAG